CUUCGUACGUAACACCAGGAGAAAAUCAGAGGAAAGGAGCGAAAUAUCCAUCUGACCACCCCAUAACGAGAGAGAGAGAGAGCGUCUUCCCUUUAUAUUUCUUCCAAAAUCUCUUUCUGCGUCGACGCUUCAUCAAAAGAUGUGGCCAUUAUAUGUUCUAUUGAGCAAGUUUUUGAGAACAGAAGAAGAUAACACUGAAGAAUCAGGAAGGGAACAUUUAAGUUUGGUAGAAUCCUUGCUCUUGAAACAAUCACUGGGUCGAGACAAAUUCCAUGGCACAGUGUCCGGCUCAUACUUUGUCGAUGUUCCACAUAUAAACCAACUACAUUCGUGGGACUGUGGUCUUGCUUGUGUUCUGAUGGUUUUGAGGACUCUUGGAAUCAAGGGUUGUAACAUGCAAGAACUAGAAGAGCUAUGCUGUACUAUGAGUAUUUGGACAGUUGAUCUGGCAUAUUUAUUGCAGAAAUUUUCUGUCAAUUUUUUCUACUUCACAGUAACGUUAGGUGCAAAUCCAAGCUUUUCUGUGGAGACAUUUUACAAGGAACAACUGCCCAAUGAUCUAGUCCGAGUGGAUAUGCUAUUUCAAAAAGCACGUGAUGCUGGUAUAAGUAUAGAGUGCAGAUCAAUUAGCAGCGAAGAGAUCUCUUUACUGAUCUUGUCUGGCAAUUUUCUUGCAAUUGUUUUAGUUGAUCAAUACAAAUUAAGUCAUUCUUGGCUGGAUGUUUGUGCUUCAGAUUUAUGCAUCGACACCUCAGUCUAUACUGGUCAUUAUAUUGUUGUCUGUGGCUAUGACACUGAUGCAGAUGAGUUUGAGAUUCGUGAUCCUGCCAGUUCAAGGAAAUAUGGAAAGGUCACCUCAAAGUGUUUAGAAAAGGCCCGCAAAUCCUUCGGAACUGAUGAGGAUCUUCUACUGAUCCGUGUAGAAAGAGAGGAGACUAAAAGCAGCUAUCAUGAUCAUGAUGAUCACUGUAUUAUAAGACAGUUACUGCAAAACAAAAAAGAGACUGCCUGAUUGCUGAUCGAUUAGAUUUCGUAUUUUGUUGUGUGUAUUCUUUUAAGUUAGGCAAUAGUAGCAUGAACUUUAGGAUUCUCAGAGAGUCCUUAUAGUGCGAACUUGUAAGAAAGCCAGAGAAUCCUUGAUGCAUGGAAAUGGAAAGACUCCGUGAUAUGUUUUCAUGAUUGACAUAAACACCUUGUGAAUUUGUUCUGGAGAAUGUAUUCAAUAAAAUAAAUAAGUAAAUGAAUGGGCACACCGUUUUUUCUUUUUUUCAA